UUGGAGCCACACGCAAGUGUGAGUAACGAUCCAAGAGCGAGUCUUAUCCGACACUAUUCCGAAGAUAUCCCGGACGUCUGUCUGAGCGAGAUUAGAAUGGCUCUCCAGCACCUUAAAAACAGCAAGGCCCCAGGCGAUGAUGGAAUUACAGCGGAGCUUCUGAAAGCGGGUGGAAAACUGUUACUUGAAGUCCUUCAGAAGCUCUUUAAUUCCGUCCUCCAUGGUAACAUUACACCGGAGGCGUGGAGCAGAAGUGCGGUGGUAUUGUUCUUCAAGAAAGGUGACAAUGCUCUCUUGAAGAACUACAGACCGAUUUCCCUUCUGAGCCGCGUCUACCUCUUUGCCGCUAUAGUUGCUGACAGCGUUAAGACCUGGGCAGUCGCCAAUAGAAGAUAUAGCACGUCACAAAAGGGAUUUCUUCCAUAUGAGGGAUGCUAUGAGCAUAACUUUGUGCUUCAGGAGACCAUCCAACAGGCCAGGCGCGAUAAAGGAGAGGUUGUUGUUGCCUGGUUGGACUUGGCCAGCGCAUUUAACUCUGUUCCUCACUCGUCUAUUCAUAGGGCUCUUGAACAACACGGAAUGCCAGCGAAAGUAAGAAACGUAAUCGAUUCGCUUUACAAAGACACGAGAACUAAAGUUCGUACCUCGGAGGGAUUCACUGACCCAAUCAGGCUGCAGUCAGGGGUGAAACAGGGUUGCCCGCUUAGUCCGCAUAUAUUUAAUCUCACCCUGGAGGUAGUUAUCCGCGCAAUGGAAUUGACGGGUGAGGGAUUCAAAAUAAGGAAUAGGCGUAUUACAACUCUGGCUUACGCCGAUGACAUCGUAGUCCUUGCCGACACACCAGAGGGAAUGAGACGUCUCCUCAAUGCAGCUGAGGAGGGCGCUCGGUCGGUUGGUCUUGUUUUUAAUCCCGCCAAAUGCGCGACACUGCACAUAAAGAGUGAUUGUGAGAGUGCGGUACAAGAUACAAUUCUUAACAUCCAGGGGGAACCUAUGAAAUCACUGGGCCCAAAUGACUACUAUGAACAUCUCGGGAUACCAACAGGCUAUGAUGUUGGACAGACUCCAACAAGCGCAUUGAAAAAACUACUCGCUGAUGUCAAGAAAAUUGACGAAUCCCUCCUGGCACCAUGGCAGAAAUUGGACGCAGUCGGCACCUUUGUCCUGCCUCGCUUGUACUUCAUCAUGCAAGGGGCUGACGUCGAAAAGGAUUACUUGAGGGAGGUAGAUAGAAUAGUAAAAAACUUUGCCAAGAGAUGGUUAAAUCUUCCUCACAGAGCCAGUUCAGAGUUAGUGUUUCUGCCACCCUCUAUGGGAGGUGGAGGAUUAAUGCCAUUAAGCGACCUGCUCGACUUAUACACCGUCACGCACGCUUUUAAAAUGCUAUGUGCUACGGAUGAUCUGGUGUGUGAACUGGCUAGGGAGGGAUUGAAGGAGACUGUGUCGGAGAGACUUCGAAAAGUGCCUAGUAACAUCGAUAUGGCUCGAUAUCUCUCUGGUGAUCUGGAUUUGCCUCGAUCCACAUCGCGCUCUUCGUUUUGGACCAAAGCGCGAAGUGCGGCACGAAGAAUGCAAAGUAAAAUAACCAUCAGAUGGAUAUGGCACCGUGGGGAAGAGGAAUUCCAUAUUCAGUGCGGAAACGGCGCUGCAGGAUUGAUAACACCAUCAUCAAGACAAAGUCUAUUUAAAAAAAAUGCGCUUACAGCUUGUUCAAUAUUAUGCCCGUGGGCUCCAGGCCAAAAAAGACCAGGGAAAGGUGUUUGA